AUGAGGAUAUUGAGUUUCUGGAUACAACUAAUACCAUUGGUGCUAGCCGUGGCAGCACAGGCUUACAAUGGAUCAGUACCGGCUAUCCUAUUUUCAUACAAUCUUUCUCCAGGGAUGAUAAGGCACCAACAGAAUUACGAAUCAAGCUCUGUGCUUCCUAAUAAAAAGUUCAAGACUAUUGCUACCGAAUUAUUAGAGCAUUGUAACUCCGAUGCAUAUAUUUUUGUAAAUCAACCUGGACUAAAAGUAUCAGAUUUUACUUCUCAUUCUGAAUCAUGGCCUUCGCUUUCAGGGUAUAUUAGAGGAUGUUCAACUGCAUUGAAGUUCGAAAAGAUAGAAGUUAAUGGUGAAGACCACUUCGAGGAUUUUAUCAAAUAUAUCAAGAAUAAUUGCGAUGUGAACCGAGAAGUACGGCUUAGUGGAUUAAAUCCUGAUAAAUUCCAAACAUACAUCGAUAUAAAUAAAAGGGCCAUUCGCAUUGAUUUCCCUCCUUUACCUGCCGAAGAUUCUCUACCCACUAUAUUACGCGAUGAGGCUAUUAAAGAACGAGACUUGUUUUUAAGAAAAGUUCUUGCCCAGAUACCUUCACCUCGCCAGACGUUGAUAUUUACCUCGUUAAAGUCUUUAGAGAAUAAAUCCACUGAAGAGGAUACGCCCAGCGAUAUAUUUCCUCAAAUUUUUAACCAUGAAUCAAGAGAUGAGGAAUACGAACGAAACAGUAGAACCAUUGACGUAAAACCCUACUUCCCAACCCCCCGUCCAAAAUUCCAACUUCCAGAUGAUAGCCAUAUCAGUGUAUUUGAUCCUAAAUUUCUUGAGGACAAUCGUAAUAUUCUGAGACUAAUAAUAUUAGCUGUAAUUGGUUCCAUAACCUUGCAAGUAUAUUCGAUGGUUUCACCGUCCUUCCGCAUAUCUUCAUCUUCAUCUAAACCCACAACCGUUAACAAGACUGCUGCUGUUCAACCUGCUUUACAUAUUAAAACACCUCAUCCACCGGAGAAGCAUAAAACAAGAAUAGAUGGUUAG